AUGGAGAUUCCUAGCGCCCCGAAGCCUCGCUGGAGCGCCAUGAUUCAUCCGCUACAUGAGCAGAUUGUAAAAGAAGUCGACGGCUAUUUCCUCCAACACUGGCCCUUCCCUAACCAGAAGGCCCGCAAGAAGUUCGUCGCUGCCGGUUUCUCUACAGUGACAAGCUUCUACUUUCCCCUAGCUCUCGAUGAUCGCAUUCACUUUGCCUGCCGACUUCUCACGCUCCUUUUCCUGAUCGACGAUCUCUUGGAGUACAUGUCCCUUGAGGAUGGCAAAGCUUACAACGAAAAGCUGAUGCCCAUCACUCGUGGCGAAGUCCUCCCGGACCGAACAAAGCCGGUUGAGUGGAUCACAUACGACUUGUGGGAGAGCAUGCGUGCCCAUGACCGCGCUAGGGCGGAAGAUAUCCAGGAGCCUGUCUUCACAUUCAUGCGUGCGCAAACCGACAAGAAGCGUCUUGACAACAUGGGUCUCGGAGCAUACCUUGAAUACCGCGAGGCGGACGUAGGCAAGGCCCUCCUCGGCGCCCUCAUGCGCUUUUCCAUGGCCCUCAACGUCCCGCAGGAGGACCUAGACUGGAUGCGGUCCGCAGAUAACGUCUGCUCGAAGCACCUCUCCAUCGUCAACGACAUCUGGAGUUUCGAGAAGGAAGCCGAGACCGCAAAGCACGGGCACAAGGAAGGUGCCGCGCUGUGCAACGCGGUCGUCAUCAUGGCCAAGGAGGCCGAUAUCCCUGUUAAAGCGGCCAAGAACGUUUUAUAUCACCUCUGUCGCGAGUGGGAGCUGAUGUACGACAUUCAAAGGGAGCAACUGCUGGCCGAGAAAGAUACUCCUGCUAUCAGGGCGUAUUUGAAGGGGCUAGAGUUCCAGAUGAGUGGGAAUGAGAAGUGGAGUUCGACGACACUGAGGUACUUGGCCACUAAGGACUAG